CUCACAUUGUCUAGUGAGAUAUUGAAGCGAGUAGUCAGAAAACAAUUUACUUCGCAUAAAAAAUCAUUGGUUAAAUCGAAGAGCUCCGAAUUUUGCGUUUCCUAAUUGAAGUGAAGAGACAUUUUUAUAAAAAUUAAAAACCUAGUUUGGUUUGUGCUUUAAACUCACAUUUCUGAACAAAUCAGUACAAAAGUAAGAAUAUGCUAUCCAGAUUCGCCUGCUCAAGCCGCACAUUCGUGUCGGCUCCCCUGCUGCGGUCCGCACUGCAGCAAAAUGUUCCCCGGCGGCAGCCAAUCGUUCGUGAGUAUGCACGAAACGUUAAGGGAAGUGGCGAAAACAGUUGGACUGCCCGAGCCGAGCGGCAGACACUGCGCGACAAAGCCAUGGCACCACCCGGUCCCGGUGCAUAUGCGCUUGGAAAAGGGGCACUGGCUGGUGGUGCAGCCCUCGGGUUGGGAGCGCUGUGUUUCUACGGACUUGGCUUCGGCCAAACGGGCACCAGUACCCUGGAAAAUGCACAUGUUUGGCCAGAGUUUGUAAAGCAACGCAUUCGAGACACUUACUUAUAUUUUGGUGGAUCUUUGGCUAUUUCGGCUGCUAGUGCUGUGGCCGUUUUCCGAUCACCGACUAUGCUGAAUUUGGUUUCGAGGAACGGAUGGAUGUCAAUCCUCGCUACUUUUGCAGUUAUGAUCGGAUCCGGUAUGUUGGCUCAAUCGAUCCCAUAUAGUCCCGGAAUCGGCGCAAAACAGCUUGCUUGGGUUGCUCAUUCGGCAAUCCUGGGAGCAGUUAUAGCACCCAUCUGUUUUGUGGGUGGCCCUAUAUUAGUGCGAGCGGCCUGGUACACCGCUGGCGUUGUUGGUGGACUCUCAACAGUGGCAGCUUGUGCCCCGAGUGACAAAUUCCUCUACAUGGGAGGUCCACUUGCUAUUGGACUUGGAGUGGUCUUUGCCUCGUCGCUAGGAUCGAUGUUUUUACCGCCAACAACGGCUUUGGGUGCCGGUUUAGCUUCGAUGUCUCUCUACGGAGGUCUGCUUUUAUUCAGCGGUUUUCUGCUGUACGACACUCAGAAAAUUGUUAAGCGAGCUGAGUUGUACCCUUUGUAUGCACCGAGACCAUUUGAUCCUGUAAACUCAGCGAUGUCAAUCUACAUGGACACAAUGAACAUAUUCAUCCGAAUUGCAACGAUUUUGGCGGGAGGUGGAGGCAACCGACGAAAGUAAAUUCAUAAAUUUUGAAUAGAUUUUAGAAAAAAAAGGAGUGAAUUAAAAUUUCUUGUUGUCACGAAAUUAGCUUCUUACUGCUUAUGUGUCGAAAAUGUACAAAUAGAUUCAUCCAAUGUUAUUUGCAAUAAUGUGAUAAAAAACUGUUUGUUUUUAAGUUAACAUAAAAUUUCCUGUGACUAUUUCAUAACCACCAGAAAA